UUAGAGCUGUAUUACAAGAAGCUGGUAUUCACAAUAAUAACAAAGGAUCUUUGUUGCAUAAAAAAGAUAAAUUCAAAAAAACUGACCUUGAUAUUUUGAAAUUAAAGGAUAAUGAUAUUAAAUGUUUCCCAUGGGUGGACUAUGAAUUUUAUGAUGAAGAUAUCAGUGAAGGAACGUGGGAAGCAGAUAGUAUAAUUGUUCCACUAAAAAUGGCAGAAAAAAUAAUGAAUGGGCUAAAA